AUGCCUUACCGUAUUGAGGUCUCCAAGACCAACCGGGCCGUUUGCAAGGACUCGGUCUGCAAAAAGGAGAAGGUCAAGAUUACCAAGGGCGAGCUCCGUCUCGGAGUAUGGGUUGAGCUCAAUCCGGACCAUGCCGGCUGGCAGUGGCGUCAUUGGGGCUGUGUUUCGGGCAGCCAGAUCCAGAAUAUGCGCGAGAUGCUCGAUAAGGACAGCACUGGCAACUAUGACUGGGAUAUGAUUGACGGGUGGGAGGAGCUUGAGGACUUCCCUGUGCUGAGGGAGAAAAUCCAAAGAGUUAUCACCCAGGGACACAUUGACCCUGAGGACUUCAACGGCGACCCCGAGAUGAACAAGCUCGGCCAGAGAGGCAUCCACUCCAGAAAGCCGAAGGCUAAGGCGUCCGAGGAAGACAAGGAGGAGGACAAGGAGGAGGACAAGGAGGAGAAGGCCGAUUCCGAUGAGGAGGAUGAGGAGAAGCCCCCUGCGAAGAAGGCCAAGAAGGCCGGUGGCAAGGCCGCCGCUGUCAAGAAGGAGGAAAGUGAUGCCGAGGAGCAGGAGGAGGAGGAGGAGAAGCCUGCUGUCAAGGCCAAGGCCAGAGGCAAGAAGGCCGCCGUAGUGAAGAAGGAGGAGAGCGACACCGAAGACAUCGCGGCUGUUGCUGAGGAAGCCCCCGUAAAGGAGGAAAACGAUGAAGAGGAGGAGACCAAGCCUGAGCCAGUCGCCAAGAAGAGGGCCACUAGAGCUAGACCUCCGCGCGCAGCUCGCAAGGCCGCUAUCAAGGAGGAGACAAGCAGCGAGAAGGACGAAGACGAGGAAGAAGAGGAGAAUGAGGAGGAAGCCCCCAAGAAGAAGGGUAAGGUUGCUGCCAAGGGCAAAGGCAAAAAGGCGAAGAAGGCUCCUUCGCCUGAGCCUGAGUCUGAGCCGGAGUAUGCUCAGCAGACCGAGGAGGACAAUGAUGAUGGCGAGGAUGUCAAGGGGGAGUCUGAUGCCGAUGAUGUGGCGGAGGAAAAGCAGGAAGAGGAGAAGCCUGCGCCUAAGAAGAGGGGGGGCCGCAAGGCUGCUGCUGAGAAGCCAGCUGCUAAGAAGCGUGGUAAGAAGGCGUGA